AUGCUGGAUAAAAGUGGAAAGCUGAACUGCGAGGACGACCAUUACAUGAAAUUCUGUUGUGGCACUUGCAGAUCAUUGAGCCAGCAAGGGAACGGUAAACCACCCUCCAGUGAGAUAACAACAACAAAGCCACUCGCCUUUAAGUCUCUUCCACCAGGAUAUACAUCGACACCUUCACAUCAUCGUUGUACUGAUAAGGAAGGUCAAGAGAAGUGUGAAGAACUUGCCAGAUAUAACAAACUCAACUGCGAUGAACUCGACGAUGUUGCCCGUUGUUGUGCCACGUGCAAUGCUAUUAUCGAUUAUCUUGAGACUAUGAUAUCUCACAAAGCUUGA